GCUCCGUUACUUCACUUCACCUUUACAGGCGCCCUCGAAGCUGCUGGCUGCUUCUCUCAGGGAAUUCGGGUCUGUUUGAUUCCUUGAGCUUUCCAAAAAUCUCAUAAGAUGGUGCUGCCAAACGAUGUCGAUUUGCUAAACCCUCCUGCUGAUCUGGAGAAGAGGAAGCACAAGCUCAAGCGGCUGGUGCCCUCCCCCAACUCCUUCUUCAUGGAUGUGAAAUGUCAAGGUUGCUUUAACAUAACCACUGUGUUCAGCCAUUCCCAGACAGUGGUGGUCUGUGGUAACUGCCAGACAGUGUUGUGCCAGCCCACCGGUGGACGUGCCAGGCUCACUGAGGGAUGUUCUUUCCGAAGAAAGGGUGACUGAUUCCUUUUUUCUUUUGUUAAAGGGAACAGUUAAAACAGUUGCUAGUUUGUUGAAAGUGAGAGAGUCGGGCUGAGAUUUUGUUAUUUUGAUUGUUGCUUUUGUUUAGCAUGUAGUAGUUAAAGAACUAAGUUUUGGAUCUAUAACGACUUUGAGUUCUGUGAUUACUUUUAAAGUGAGAAUAUAUUUUAUUUGGGUAAUUUGUUUUCCUUUUGAAGGUAAUUUUCACUGUACUUGUUGGUUUG